AUGUCCUCAUUCAAAGAAACCUUUGGUGACUUUUCAGCAACCGUCCACGGAGUCAUUGUUUCAACCAUCCUUAUCCCCGGAGCCUUGACGGCUUUGAUCGCUGGCACUCUGGCCCAUCGAUUCGGUCAUGUGAAGCUCAUUGCGAUUGGUUCCAUUAUCUUUGGUAUCGGAGCGGCGCUUGAGUGCGGCGCUCCAUACCUCGGCGUCUUCAUCCUUGGAAGACUUAUCAAAGGAAUCGGCGAGGGACUCUUCCUCAGCAAUGUCUACGUGCAGGUUUCCGAAAUGUCACCUUCGAGUGUGAGAGGCAUCAUGACAGCGCUGCCGCAGUUUCUCAUCACAUCUGGAAUUGUGACAGGUUACUUUACGUGCUACGGAACUUCGCGGCUCGGUAAUACGUCGCUGACGUGGCGACUGCCCCCUGCUAUCGUUGCAUUCCUCGGAUUUUUUCUGUCAAUCAUCUACUUUAUCGUGCCCCCUUCUCCCCGCUGGCUGCUGUCCAAAGGAAGGGUGGAAGAAGCCCAGGCAAUUUGUCGACGACUCGGUAUCGAUGAAGUUGAAGAAAAGGAACUCUUGGGACAAGCUGAAUCGUUUGGUGAAUCGGAAGCCACAAUGACGCUCUGGGAAAGUCUGCGACAGACUUUCAGGGAGUUCAGAACUGCUUUUUCUGCACCGUACUGGAAGAGGACUGCAUUCGCUUGCUUCAUCAUGGGAAUACAGCAGUUCUCUGGCAUCGACGGUGUCUUGUACUAUGCCCCGAUUCUCUUCACACAGGCAGGCCUGAGUGGUGAAAAGGCAUCUUUCCUGGCAUCCGGAGUGUCGGCCAUUGUAAUUCUCGUGGCUACGAUUCCUGCAACGAUUUUUGCGGAUAAAUGGGGUCGACGCACCUCGGGCAUCGUUGGUGGCGUCUUGAUUACGUCUCUGAUGCUUAUAAUGGGAUCUGUCUACGCUGCAGGACAGGUUAAUCCGACAUCGGGAAGCGGAAGAUGGGUUGUUAUUGUUUGCAUCUACCUGUUUGCCAUCUCGUUUAGCUUCACGUGGGCUAUCGGGUUCCGAACAUGGGUGGUGGAGAGCAUGCCCCGGAAGACACGGAGCAGUGCAUCAAGUCUUGCACAGAGCUCAAACUGGCUUUCCAAUUACAUCGUGGCGCUUAUCACUCCUGUGCUCAUCUCAAGGUCGACAUUUGGUGCUUAUUAUCUCUUUGCCUUCUGCAGCAUGUUCUGCACUAUCAUGGUAUUUUUGUUUAUGGGUGAGACAAAGGGUUACAGUCUGGAGGAGAUCGAGAAGAGGCACGGUCAGCACCGAUCGAAGAGCAUUCCCUGGAACCUCUAG